AUGAGACAAAUUUCAUUACUUGAUCUUCCCGAUGAAGUAAUUAUUUAUAUAAUUGAAUGUUUGCCAGAAGAAGUAAUUAAUAGAUUAAAAGAUGUCCCUGAAUUACGAUUGAAUAUUUUACGAGUUUUAUACAAAGAAGUUACAAUUAUUCCUCCAAAUAUUUAUGGAGAUGGUAUAUACAUGAUGUUUCACUCUGAAAGUAAUAUGUCAAUUCGAACACCUGGAUCCGAACAAAUUGAUAUUAAAGAAUUUAUAACUAGUAUUAAUGAUAAUACUGUUGAAAUUAUUAAAAAGGCAACAUUUACUGAUCCGUCUCAUUUAUUUAUGGUGUAUGAGAAAUAUCCUGAAGUGUUGAAAAAUAUUAAAAUCAUUGUGGAUUUUGAUAGUUUUAGAUGGGAUAGAGAAAUGGAUAAGAAUUUAAUAGAUUUUAAAAGGUUAGCUGAAUUACCUUAUGAAAUUAUUGGUCUUCAUUCUGUGAAUGAAGCAUAUAGUAAGCUGGAGUUAUAUGAUUCAGAGGAUGAUGAUUCAGAAAAUGAUUUAGAAAAUGAUUCAGAAAAUAAUUCGGAGGAUUUUGAUAUAGAGCUUGUAUCAGAUGAAGAGAUUCAAAUUAUUUCAGGAAGAGAGAUGGAGGAAUACCCCGAUAGUGAUUUAGACAUUGAUAUGCACGAAUAUCAAGAAGAGGAUAAUGAUAUUGAAGAUUCAGCUGAUGCGUCGGAUUUCAACGCAGACUCGGAUAUUGAACUUGAGACAAAUUCAUUGGAUGAACUAGAAGAUGAACUGAAUGGAUCAAAUGAUGGACCAAUCACAGAUUGGGUUGAAAAUGAAAUAAUAUUCAACAAUGUGUCGACAAUUUUAGCACAAGUUAAUUUUGUUAUGCAAUUUUCAGGUUUCUCACAUUUGACAAGUCUACUGAUUAAACAUUUAUAUGGACCUGUUUUAAAAGUUAUACCUAAAGGAGUAGUCGAUUUAAAAAUUGAUGAAUUUUGUUUUAUAGGUGCCCGUGAUGGAACUUCAUUUCCAGAAGGAUUAAAAUCUUUAGCUAUUUUAAAACUAACUAGAGUUCAAGGUUUUAGUGCUGAUCCUGUUGAUAUUUCAUAUUUGGAAAACCUCGAGACUUUUAAAUGUGAAUAUAGUAGAGAAUUUGUUCUUCCCAAAAACCUACAAUCACUUGAAGCCAGUGAUUCGAUAAACUUGCGACAGAUAAUUUCAGAAUGCCCAUCAAUAAAGUCAAUUAAAUGUUUUGACCUUUACGACAAAGAUUGUGUGAACGAAGAAGUUAGCUUGCCAAAUGAUUUAGAAGUUUUAGAAAUCAUGGGUGACUACAUUAAAUACAUGACAAAAUAUCAGUUGGAACCAUUUAAAACAAGUCAUGUUAUAAAUGUAGAAGAUGAAAAGGAUGCGGCGGUUGUGGUUAAGUUUCCUGAAAUGCUAAAGAAAUUAAAACUUCAAUAUGAGCCAGAUGAUCAUGCAUAUGAAAAUGUUCAAGUAUUUUUGAAUCGUCCAGAAACUACAUUAAAUCAUUUAACAUCUUUAUGUUUGAGUGAUUAUGAAAAUGGUCUAUAUAUUGGACCAUUACCUCAAUCAUUACAAUAUUUGUUUAUUGACAAUAGUACAGGUGUUGAUUAUGACGAUUUGAAGACAUUGAAUAAUUUGACAUACCUUGAUAUUAUGAAUGUUGAUUUAACUGAAUUUGAUUAUGAUUUACCUGAUAAUUUGAGAGAAUUUCGUUUUAGAAAUAAUCAUUGUGAAGUAUUCAAGAUCCGAGCAAAGAAUCUUGAUUAUUUGGAAGUGGAAGGAGUUCUUAUGGAUAAAUUAAAUGGUUCUAAUUUCCAAGUUCCUGAAAGUGUUACUACAUUGAGUAUUGAAUACAGUGAAAUCCAGGAGAUUGAUUCAUCAUUUAAAUUCCCACCAAACUUAAGACAAUUGUCAUUAGCAGGUAAUAAAUUGUCCGUUUUACCACAGCUUCCGUCAAGUUUAUUGAGAUUAUCAUUGAGGUAUAAUAGAUUUAGUGAGUUAAAAACACCAAUUGAUCUCCCACCAAAUAUUGAAGGACUUGAUUUAAGUUGUAAUGAUCUACCAGAUGAUUUUAAUUUUGCACAUUUGAAUUUGACCAAAUAUACUAAAUUGAAAACAUUAUUACUACGCGAAUAUGAGAGAGAAGAAGAAGGGAAUAUACCAAUUUUUGAUUUGUCAGAUUUACCUAAAUCUUUAGUUGAACUCAAUCUUAGUGAAUGUAAAAUCCAAAGAAUUGUUGGUAAGUUUAGUGAUUUCCCCCAUCUUGAAAAACUCGAUUUAAGAAGUAACAACAAUAAUGAUAAUAGUAUUACGGAAUUGUUAGAUAUAAAAGAAGAUCCGUUGGAGUAUCCAUAUUUCCCUGAUAGCCUUAAACAUUUAUGGAUAACUCGAUCAUUGAAUAAUGAUAAAGAAUGUGAAAUUAUUGACAAAAUUCUAAAAGUGGUUUUAAAGAAGCCAAAUAUCAUUUCAGUAAAAGUUACAGAUGAAUAUACUGGUGAAGAUGGAGUAAUCACUGAAGCAUUAAAAUUAUAUUCCCCAGAUGAUUUUUAA